GAGGAAAACCCCGGCUAUCAAUCUCCUCCUUCGACAUAACCCACACCCGAACAACCCACUCAUAUACUCUCGAGCCCAACUUGUGAAUAGCCUCCUUCGGGCUGGAGUCCAAGAUGGCGAACCCACAUCCCAUCCAAGCCAUACCGGAGGAGACACCCUUCCACCCGCACGAUGCUCUGAAGUCCGGAAUAAAAGGCGCGAUUCUCGGCGGAUCCGCCGGUUUCAUCGUUGCCGCCGUUCAGAACUCUCUAGCCAAGACUAACGUAGGAGCUUGGGCGGUUCUCACUCGGGGUGGUGGCACCAUAGCCAUGUUCACUGCCGUCACCUCCGUGUAUAGCUUCUCCAAGGACGCAACCGCCAACCUAAGAGAGAAGAACGACACUUUUAACACAACCGUCGCCUCCUUCCUAGGCGGAGCCACCAUCGGCCUUAGGACUGGCCGAAUACCCCAAAUCCUCGGCUUUGGCGCCGCCUUUGCUGCAGUCAUGUCGACUUUCGAGUAUACGGGUGGCAGUUUGCGCGGCCGAGCCCGUACCGAGAAUCCGGAGAUGGACGACUAUGAAUAUAAGGAGGCUCAGCGCAAGACUCGGCGACGGCCUAUUGAGGAGACCUUGGCCAACAUCGGAGAGGGCAGAGGUAUUAAUAUUUCCAUUGUCACUUCCACCACCCGCCCCGCCUCCUGUAAACCCUGCUCUGCCUCCACCACGCCGUCCCACUGCUGUGGUGGCUGUGGUGACAAUGACAAUGACUGCAAAGACUAACGCGCGACUCCUAAUAAUAUAGGCAUCAAGCCCGAGAACUAUG